AUGGCAUCUGGAGCACCCGGUCAGAAGGCUUUCGUCCGCCUUUCGUGGAACUGGGUGGUGGACAGUGCUGGGCCGAAAAGUGCUGUCGAUAGGCUCCUGGACAUAGUCCCAAGCUUUGGGGGAUGGCUACGAGCCAUGUUCCUGCCUGUCGGGUACCCGGCGUCUGUUCAUCCGGUGUAUGCGAAAGUCCACAUCUAUCAAUUCCUCGAAACCUUCGUAUGGAGCGCCGUAUCAGUUCUCUGCUCUCAAGCUAUGUUGGCCUCCAUCGGCAUCGGGUCGACUGCAGCAGCGGCCGGCACUGCUGUUGCCGUCCAGUGGGUUCUAAAAGAUGGCAUCGGCGAAAUAGGGAAAUUGUUCUUCAUUCAACGGUUUGCUCGGUCUUUUGAUUCCCAUCCGAAAACUUGGAAGUUUGUGGGAGAGGUGUCCUCGCUCACGGGGGCUUUCAUGCAACUCUGCACGGUGGUUUCGCCUUCGUCAUGGUUUUUACCGCUGGCAAGCGCUGGAUACGCCCUGCGGUCCAUACAUUACAGCAUAUGGGGUGCAACGCACAUGACGUUCACAAGGAACUUUGCGUUGCAAGGAAAUGUCGGCGAUCUUGUGGCAAAGGAUGACAGCCAAAUGAGCGUAGCACACUUGGCGGGCAUGCUCUGGGGUGUUGGCGCGAUUACCAUCUCGCAUUCGCCAGCUUAUCUCUUCACUGGAUUCUUGCUCCUUACGCCCAUCCACUUCUUCAUGACCCUUUCCUUACUGCGUGCAGCGCAGUUUGAGGUGCUGAAUCAUACCAACUUGACCUUGAUCUGUCGGCAAUAUGUAGCUGACCAGACAAUUCCUGGCAUGAACGAUCUGAAGCGGCACGAGCGCUGGUUUGGGGAAUGGUUGGCGAAAGGCGAGCAGGUCGUCCGCAUCGAUGUUGGAGCAACUGCCAACAAGGCUUUCGACGACGCGUCUGUCUUGUCCACGGCAAUUCGCGUCUUGAAGACGGAGAAUUAUCUCCUAUCUACGCCAAACUCUCCCAACGAACCUGUGCACAUCUGUCUUCAUACCUCCGCGGCCGCUCACGACGUCAUCAAAGCGAUGCUGCACGCCACUCGGUUCCACCAUGAGCUCGCCGGGUCGCCGACCAAGGUGGCGAAGAAUUGCGCGCUCACACCGCUUGAAUCCUCCCAUCAGUGGACAUUGAAUCAUUUCCCGCGCUUCAUCGCGGAGCUGGACGAGCGGGAUUGGCAAAGCGAUGCGGUUUUCUGGGGGGAUGGCGGCCGUCGCGUGGAGUGGAAAAGAGGGGAGGGCAAAUGA